GUGGAUGAUUUUCUUCAGCAUAAAGUCGGUUCCGGUUCUUCCCCAUCUGAUCGUGCGUUUUUUUUUCCUCUUAUUCUCAGUUUUUACCCUGUGAGCAAAAAAACAAAGAAGAAAUCAUGACGAUCUUCCUGAGAACCUUAGAAAACAAAACCCUAGCCCUAAACCUGAAUCCAAAUUCCACAUCUUUGGAAACCCUACAACUCACAAUCGAACAAAAAUCAGGCACUCCAAUAAAUCUCCAACGUAUCUUCUUAUCUGGUCGUAGAUUAAUUGGAACUCAAAACUCCGAAAAAACCCUAAUCAAUUUAGGGAUUCAAUCAAACUCACAUCUUUCACUCGAAAUACAAGUAUUAGGAGGAAUGCAAGCACCAGUUGCACCAAAACUGCGACUCGAAUUUCUGAGUUCAAAACCACCACCUAACUAUGUAGCAGGUUUAGGUCGUGGUGCUACUGGGUUUACAACUAGGUCUGAUAUCGGUCCAGCUAGAACUGCACCAGAUCUUCCAGGUAGUACUAGUGGGGGUGCUAUUGGUGCUCCACCUCAAGGCGGUGUUGGUCGUGGAAGAGGGAAAGGUGGGGAAGAUGAAGGAGGAGCAGAAGAUGAUGAAGCUGAGGAAAAGGGUUAUGAUGAGAAUCAACAAUUUGAUGAGUUUGAAGGGAACGAUGUUGGGUUGUUUGCGACUGGUGAAUACGAUGAAGAUGAUAAAGAAGCGGAUGCAGUAUGGGAAGCUAUUGAUGAGAGAAUGGAUUCAAGAAGGAAAGAUAGGAGAGAAGCUAGAUUGAAAGAAGAGAUUGAGAAAUAUAGAGCUUCGAAUCCUAAAAUUACAGAACAAUUUGCUAAUUUGAAGAGGAAAUUGCAUACGGUGUCGGCUCAAGAAUGGGAUAAUAUACCUGAGAUUGGAGAUUAUUCUUCUGGGAGGAAUAAGAAAAAGAGGUUUGAAUCUUUUGUACCUGUUCCUGAUACAUUGUUAGAGAAAGCUAGACAGGAGCAACAAAAUGUUACGGCGUUGGAUCCGAAGAGUAGGGCAGCUGGUGGGACGGAGACUCCAUGGGCGCAGACACCUGUAACGGAUUUAACUGCGGUUGGUGAAGGCCGAGGUACCGUUUUGUCACUGAAAUUAGACAGAUUGUCUGAUUCUGUAUCUGGGUUAACUGUUGUUGAUCCAAAAGGUUAUUUGACUGAUUUAAAGAGCAUGAAAAUUACUAGUGAUGCUGAGAUUUCUGAUAUAAAGAAGGCUAGGUUGUUGCUUAAAUCUGUUAUACAAACAAAUCCAAAACACCCACCAGGGUGGAUUGCUGCGGCGAGACUCGAAGAAGUUGCAGGGAAAAUACAAGCUGCUAGGCAAUUGAUACAGAAAGGUUGUGAAGAGUGUCCUAAGAGUGAAGAUGUUUGGUUAGAAGCGUGUAGGCUCUCAAAUCCAGAUGAAGCUAAAGGUGUAAUUGCUAGGGGUGUUAAGACGAUUCCGAAUUCUGUAAAGUUGUGGAUGUUAGCUGCAAAACUAGAGCAAGAUGUCGGAAAUAAAUGUAAGGUACUGAGGAAAGGACUUGAACACAUCCCAGAUUCUGUUAGGCUUUGGAAAGCAGUGGUGGAAUUAUCUAAUGAAGAAGAUGCAAGGUUAUAUCUUCAGAGAGCUGUUGAAUGUUGUCCAUUGCAUAUUGAACUUUGGCUUGCUCUUGCGAGGCUGGAGACGUAUGAUAACGCAAAGAAAGUUUUAAACAAGGCAAGGGAGAAACUGACCAAGGAACCGGCUAUUUGGAUCACUGCUGCGAAACUUGAAGAAGCAAAUGGGAAUACUGGUAUGGUUGGGAAGAUCAUAGAGAGGGGAAUUCGCUCUUUACAAAAAGAAGGAUUGGAUAUUGAUAGAGAAGUUUGGAUGAAGGAAGCUGAGGCGGCGGAACGAGCAGGGUCUGUUCUUACUUGCCAGGCUAUUAUUCGGAACACUAUUGGGGUUGGGGUUGAAGAAGAAGAUCGGAAAAGGACUUGGGUUGCGGAUGCAGAGGAAUGCAAGAAGAGAGGUUCAAUUGAAACUGCUAGAGCUAUUUAUGCGCACGCCCUUACAGUGUUUCUGAUUAAGAAGAGUAUUUGGCUUAAGGCAGCUCAACUAGAGAAGAGCCAUGGAACUAGGGAAUCACUAGAUUCUCUUCUACGUAAAGCUGUAACCUAUAGGCCUCAAGCUGAGGUUUUAUGGCUUAUGGGUGCCAAAGAAAAGUGGCUUGCAGGAGACGUUCCUGCUGCUAGAGCAAUUCUUCAAGAGGCUUAUGCUGCGAUACCUAACUCGGAAGAGAUUUGGCUUGCUGCAUUCAAGUUAGAAUUUGAGAAUCACGAACCGGAAAGAGCAAGAAUGCUGCUUGCUAAAGCAAGAGAAAGAGGAGGUACAGAGAGAGUUUGGAUGAAAUCAGCCAUUGUUGAGAGAGAAUUAGGAAAUGCUUCCGAGGAGAGAAAAUUACUUGAGGAAGGCCUAAAACUCUUCCCAUCAUUUUUUAAAUUGUGGUUGAUGCUGGGGCAAUUGGACGACAGACUUGGUCACUUGGAACAAGCUAAAGAGGCUUAUGAGACUGGAAUUAAACAUUGCCCAAGCUGCAUCCCUCUUUGGCUCUCACUUGCUAGUUUGGAGGAGAAGAUGAACGGGCUGAGCAAAGCUCGAGCAGUUCUCACAAUGGGCAGGAAGAGAAAUCCAAAAAGCCCUGAACUUUGGCUUGCUGCUGUUAGAGCUGAAUCACGAAAUGGCAACAAAAAGGAAUCUGAGAUUCUAAUAGCCAAGGCAUUGCAGGAGUGCCCAGCAAGUGGGAUACUAUGGGCAACAUCAAUUGAGAUGGUCCCGCGUCCCCAGCGAAAAACUAAAAGUGCAGAUGCUCUGAAACGAUGCAAUAAUGAUCCCCAUGUCAUUGCAGUGGUGGCUAAAAUGUUUUGGCAUGACAGGAAGGUCGACAAAGCUAGAAACUGGUUAAACAGAGCGGUUACUCUUGCCCCAGAUAUUGGUGACUUCUGGGCAAUGUGUUACAAGUUUGAACUCCAGCAUGGAACUGAGGAGACCCAGAGGGAUGUCUUGAAAAGAUGCGUCGCUGCAGAGCCAAAGCAUGGCGAGAGAUGGCAGGCAAUAUCUAAAGCCGUAGAGAAUUCCCACCUUCCUGUAGAAGCCAUUCUAAAGAAAGCAGUCGUUAUUCUUGGAAAAGAUGAGAAUGCUUCUGAGAGUGGCAAAAACUAGAAUUGAUUGUAAGUUCAUGUCCUUUGAAAGCUUAUCUUUUAUGCUUCUAUAAAUUUGUGCUUGUUAGUCUAGUCAGAAGAAAGAUAUUCUAUGCUUCUGUUACUAUUUCGCUUCUCACAUAUUUUUGUUGAUUGUCGAACUGGUGUGCUAUUGUAGCAGUUCCUUUUGAGUCGUUAACCAAACAAGUUACCAGGCAUUAAUAUUAGGAUUUUUUUAAUUCAGUAAUGUUCUAAAAUUUAUGAUCGAGUUGAAACAUAAAAAGUGUUGAUCCGUUGGAUUCUUUGUUCUUAAUGUUCUGAAAUUUAUGACUGAGUUGAAACUUAAUAAAUGUUAAUCAGUAGGUUUCCUUGUU